CAUUGCAACACAGCCAUCGAUCCGGGCUACUGUAUUUGAAUUCUUUUCACCUAUGAAUAAUCAUAUAUCAAGCCAAGAUACCUUGAAACUAUCCAGGAGAAGUCGGAGUGUCGAUAUGUCCACUAUGCCCGACUCUGCUCACGCGGAGAACUCGUUUCCCUCACUCUACCCCCAACAUGACCCGAUGCUCGCUCGCUGCCAUUCUGCAAUGGGUAGUCAAACACAGCCUUCAUCACUCUGGUUGCCACGUCGCAGCAAGUGGCAUAAACAUGUAUCUUCCCUGCUUGUUGGUCUGGAUGAGUGAUUUUGACUUUUUUAUGCCCUUCGGAAAUGAAUUUCAGUUCGACAACAGCUCGAUAUAUUGCCUGGAGGCUGGCAGGGUUUUUUGGCGACCAUGUUAUGCUUUUGACGCGUCUCUCGUUCUCGUUCUCUGCAGAAUCUCGGCGGCGGGUAUAUAAAUCAGUGCAUAAUCUGAGCCUUCACCAGCAUCACCACACUCUCGUAGCGCUAUGGGUCACUGUCCUGGAUGUCUCAUGGACUUUCCUCACUUCAAACCCUCAUCUCCUGACGACAACUGUCCAAAAUGCAUGAAACUUGUUUCCAUUUCCUCUGCGGUGGAUCGGAAAAAGCUGCAGGACCAGCCUCAGUGCAUGGGGUGUGGUGUCUCUGCGCCGUUUCUGACUCCACCUCUAUGCGGGCCAUGUUUGAAGUCAGGACGAGAAGAUGGUUCAGCGCUCCUUGACAUUCCAGGCACCGCCGAGCUGCUCGCUCAGAACAAGACCGCCCAUGAGAAGGACGCGUCACAGCACCGCAUCAACACGAAGGCGGCUCAGGCAACAAGCAAGGCUACCACUAUCAAGAAGCAGGUCAAUGCGCAGAAGCAAGCAGCACUGGCCGGUUACGUCAAUGCCACUGUGCAGCUGUGGGAAUAUCCUUCUGGCACAGGCUCGCCUCGCAAAGUCCAACUACCGCCAUUCAGUCGACACUUUGAAAGGAUGACUUCGGCAGACUCGGUCUUUGAUAUACUGUGUAAACAGGCAAGCGAGGAAUAUGUCGACUCUCCUGCUCGCCAAACAGACACAGCCAUCCCCUCGUUCGAACGAACGCAGGUUCGCUUCGCUAUUCAGACACAAGCCCAGAAUCAGACCCUCAUACAGGACUCCGAGCUGAAUGGCACGAUUGGUGAAUUGAUUAAUACCCUAAAGACCACGAACAGAUUGUCCAAGACGGACGAAAGUAGCGGCAACAUCACACUUCGCUUAUAUCUCUAUGCCUUACGUUCGGGGGACGAUGAGGACGAGGAUGAGGAGGAGAUAGCGGUCUCGAAUCGCAAGCGAAAACUUCCACGUGCAUCUCAUGCCCCAGCCCGCCCUUCCAAAGCACCUUAUCGUAGUGGAUAUUUACCCAGUGCCUCACUGCGUAAUCUCAACAUGGACAAGUAUCCGUUCGAUAAAGGUGUUGCUGAGUAUGUCGAUGGUCUGGUGGAGAUCAAGGCCUCAGGCAAGCUUAUUGCUACGAUUCCCCGAGAUUGGCAGAAGUACAAGAAAGGUGGAAAGCGUCAGGGUGGGUAUAUUGGCCAAGGGUUAUCAAAAUAUGCAUUCCAGGGACGCAUAGACGGGAAGGAUUAUGCAAUUCUCCAAAUGAAGCCCAUCGACAAUCACUUCGGGGAGGACGAUGACAAUGAGACAGCCCUCCAGAAUGAACUGAAGUUAAUGGUGUUAGGACAGUAUCUCAUACAGACGUUCUACGAUCGCGCAAAGUAUUAUGACAUGGAUCUUGCCAAACUAGUCCCAAAGAUGACCUGGAAUGCAGAUGAAGCGUUCUUAGGCAAGGUCGCUGACUCUAACAUUCAAAAGGGCUCCAAAGACGCAAGUGAUCCAGACGAACGCUCACUCCUCUGGCCUAUGUUUCUUGCGACGCCUCUGAUUCCAGACAGCUAUCAAGAAGUCAAGUUCUCCGGUAAUGAACAGUGGGAAGGCAAUUCGACUGUCGUCGGACGUGUGAUCGAUGCGUACGCUCACCACACCGUUCUCGACACUGCCAAGGAAUAUCUCUUUGUCGACCUGCAGGGCUUCAUCAAUUCGAAGGGCUCUGUGAUUCUCUUUGACCCUCAGGCCCAUACUUCCACAGGAGAUAGUGGCUAUUGGGACAAGGGACCCAAAAUGAUCGAGGAAUACCUCAAGAACCAUAUCUGCAAUUCGUACUGUAGGCAGCUUAAGCUCGAUCGUGGUAUACCUGGGAGAGAGGUAGAUGUUGGAGAGUCCGAGAGCUUCGAGGAACCAGAGGAACCACGGUCAUUUUGUUUAACGAAGAGGGAAGAGGGACACCCCAUGAAGAUCGUACUCCUCAUAACUGGGCCCGACAUCCGUGAGAUCAUUUAUGACCGGACCCUCAACAUGCUUCCCAAAACCCGAUCGGCACGCCACAUCGAGUCCGUACACACAAAGGGCCACAAGUUUGUUCAAGGUGAGCUAGAAUCCGAGCAAGUUGAGUUAGCGUUCGAGCAAGACGAGCUCACAUCCUAUCAAGGUGAGCCAGCUUUUGGUCAAGGGCAUGCUCGCAUCAACCAGAUGGAGAGGGAGAUGUGUAGCUAUCUGGAGUGGCAAUUGAAUGUCGAGCCGAAGAUUCUGAAGGAGUUUGAAGACAAGUGCAAGUUCAUCGACGUCGAUACCUUCGUUUGGUCAUCGCAUGUCGCCACCCAAGCCGGUACCUGCCACCAUCACCGCUAA